CACGGAGACAGAAGACCAGCCGGCUUCCACCCGGUCCUCCAAGAGGCAGGGCGGCAGAGGCGAGCCAAGCGCAGCAAAGCUGCAAAAGGUGGAUUAACUAAAGAGCACCACCAGCGAGAGGGCUGGCUGCUAGCGAUUUAGCUUGGCAGCUGCUUCCUGAUUCCGGUUUGCAGCAGCAGCAGCAGCAACAAACAGCCGUUGCUGCAGGAAUUGGAAAACGGAGAGUCCAGAGAGACGGGAGGCGAAAGCAAGCAAGCAUCGUGCAGCUGCCCUUCUGAAUGUGAUGCUCAGUAAAGGAGGGCAAGGUUCUGACCGACAGCGGCAUCUCUGACCCUUCCUUGGCAUCCAGAGGGGGCAUUGGCCAAGGAGACGGACUGCACAGGAAUGGGUAGCCAUGAGAAGGACCCAUCUUCUCCCAAGAGGGCUCCGCCCCCCUCUCGCUCCAACAGCACUGUGUCUUCCAAGCACAGCAUUGCACGGCAGGGUUCUGAAAGCUGGGAGGUGGUGGAUGAGCUGCGGAUGCAGAGCGGGGCCAUUCAGGAGCCAGAGAGGCAGGAGGGCUACCUGUUGAAGAAGCGAAAAUGGCCCCUGAAGGGCUGGCACAAGCGCUAUUUUGUUUUGGAAGAUGGGAUUUUGAAAUACGCCACCACACGCCAAGAUGUCUUGAAGGGGAAGCUUCACGGCUCUGUUGACGUCCGCCUGUCUGUCAUGUCGGUCAACAAGAAGGCGCAGCGCGUAGAUCUGGACACAGAAGAGAACAUAUAUCAUCUCAAGAUUAAAUCCCAGGAACUCUUCAAUAACUGGGUGGCCAAGCUCUGCUCACACCGCCAAGUGCAGAAGUUGGAUGCCUCCCAAAGGCAGUACCUGACAAGUAGCCAUGGUGGAAGAGCCUCGCAUCCUACACAGGCCUGCAGCUCACGGCACCGCAUUCUGAUGUCUGAGAGUGCCCCUGCCUUGUCUUCCCUGGCUGGCCCUCGAGACAAGCUGAAUUCUUGGCUGAGCGACAGCAAAGGCCUGGACAGGUGCUCAGCAGAACUCUCUGAAUGUCAGGGGAAACUACAAGAGCUCAACCGGAUGCUGCAGAGUUUGGAGACCCUGCACCGCAUUCCAUCUGCUCCCCUCAUCUCCAAUAGUCAGACCUCAGCAGGCACGGAGAGACCCAGGAAAGGGAAGAGAUCCACCCGCAUCUGGUGCACUCAGAGUUUUGCAAAAGACGACACGAUAGGCAGGGUGGGGCGUCUGCAUGGCUCUGUGCCCAACCUUUCGAGAUACUUGGAAUCCUGUCAGAACCAAGCCAUCUUUAGCCUCCCUCCGGAAUACAGCCAGCUGCAGAGAAGUUUCUGGAUUUUAGCUCAGAAAGUUCAUGGCUCCCUCAGCAGCGUGCUGGCCGUGCUGACAACGGAGCGAGACCGUCUCCAAGAACUGCAGCGGACGCUUGAUCUGCAACGCUCCACUAUGUCUUCCGCGCAGGGUGGUCGUGGGGGUGGCAUCGGCAUGGCAGCAGCUGGGACACUGGACAAUAUGGAAUGUAUCCGCCGUUUCCAUUCUCUCUCCAUCUCCUCGGACACAACCCUGGACUCCUUUGCCUCAUUCAACCCUGAUGAGCCGGAUGCCCUGUUGGUUAAAGGUCAGGAGCAGCAGCUCUCCAAUCGCAGCAUCGUGUCUCUCUCUGACUCGCACACGGAGUUCUUCGAUGCCUGCGAGGUUUUCCUGUCGGCCAGCUCAUCUGAGAACGAGGCCACAGAUGACGAGUCCUGCAUCAGCGAGGUGACUAACAGCAUCUUGGAGGAAGCCACAGACAUAGCGGGAGGACCAGGGCGUUGUCACAAAGGCCCAGGCGCCAUGCCCUGUGUUGGGGACACCUCUGAGAUGAGCCUCAGCCUGCCAGUGCCUCUCCCUUUGUACCUCCCUGGGCCGGGCCCCGGGAUCAUCCGACGGAACUGCCUCCCGGCCUCCCACGUCCACGCCAGCGACGUCAGCGUCUGGAACAUCCUCCGCAACAACAUCGGCAAGGAUCUCUCCAAGGUCUCCAUGCCGGUUCAGCUGAACGAGCCCCUCAACACGCUGCAGCGCCUCUGCGAAGAGCUUGAGUACAGUGCCCUGCUGGAUGCGGCCAGCCGCAACCUGGACCCCUGUGAAAGACUGGUCUGCAUGGCUGCCUUCGCUGUAUCGGCUUAUGCCUCAACGUAUUACCGUGCCGGCAGCAAGCCGUUCAACCCUGUGCUUGGAGAAACAUAUGAGUGCAUCCGGCCAGACAAGGGCUUUCGUUUCGUAAGUGAACAGGUCUGCCACCAUCCUCCUGUUUCGGCUUGCCACGCAGAGUCUGACAACUUCGUAUUCUGGCAAGACAUGAAGUGGAAAAAUAAAUUCUGGGGCAAAUCCUUGGAGAUAAUCCCCGUGGGUACAGUGAACGUCCAGCUUCCCAGGUUUGGGGAUCACUACGAAUGGAACAAGGUGACUUCCUGCAUCCACAAUAUCUUGAGUGGGCAGCGCUGGAUCGAGCACUACGGCGAGGUGCUGAUCCGGAACACAAGAGACAGCACUUACCACUGCAAGAUCACCUUCUGUAAAGCGCGGUACUGGGGUUCCGGGGUGAACGAGGUGCAGGGCGCCAUUUUCAGCCAUAGCGGCAAGGUUAUCCACCGGCUCUUCGGGAAGUGGCACGACGGGUUGUAUCGCGGCGUGGCCCCUGUCGGCAAGUGCAUCUGGAGGCCCAACCCCAUGCCUCGAGACUUCGAGAAGAACUAUGGUUUCACUCAGUUUGCCUUGGAGCUCAACGAGUUAACGCCGGAGCUCAAGCGCCUCCUUCCCUCCACAGAUACACGCCUGAGGCCUGACCAAAGGUACCUAGAAGAGGGAAAUGUGCAGGCUGCAGAGUCACAGAAGCGGCGAAUCGAACAGUUGCAGCGAGACCGGCGUCGGGUGAUGGAAGAUAACAACAUUCUUCAUCAGGCGCGCUUCUUCAGGCGGCAAGUGGAUGCAAAUGGCAAAGAAUCCUGGUUAACCAACAGCAGCUACUGGAAGCUGAGGGCGGAGCCUGGCUUCAGCAAUAUGGACAGCGCCGUCUUGUGGUAGCAGUUAGCAACCGCGGGAGCCUGCCCGCCAUCUCCCAAAGCAGGGGAGGGGGGGUAGGAGACCAGCCAGCAAGGACCCCCUGCUAGAUAAGCACAAAGGUGAUCAAGGCAUGCAAUCCUGGGAUUACCAGCACCUCUUGAAGCGGAGGGACGCCUUUCGGUGUUGCGCCAUGCACUUCCAAAGCAGCCCUACCCCCCUCGCACACUUGAGGGAGGCGACUGUGGUCCAUCUCACCUCCUCAAAACUGCUGCCUGCUGGCUAGGCAGACCUUGGUGUGGAGCCUUGGGUUGCUGCGGAUGCCGACAGGAAGCACUUUAACACCCGCCGAGCCGCAAAUCGGCUCCGGGGCAGAAGCAGCGGGGCCAGCAAGACUGGCCCCCCCCCCAAGCAACUUGAAAAUGGGAAACCGCUCUUUAAAUUUUCGAAGGCUGCCUUUUGCUCAGAUAACAGCGGCAAAUAUAUGCUCCUGCGUGGAGUGGUUGUUUGCACAGUGAAGCCUGGAUACUGGACGUUUUGGGUCCUUCUGACUACCUAGCAAUUCCCUUCUGGGGGGUGGCUGGUCGUGCCCUCCCUCCCCUCCUGUUUUUUUGGUUGUUUUCAAGUCGCUCCUGGUGGUUGUUCUGAAGUAAAUCCUGGCCUAGGUUAGGAAUUCCUGCUCCGGGAGCAGAUUAUAAUAUGUGACGCUGUGGUAGCCCUCUGAGGCAACUCUUUCUCCCCGCAAGGCGGCUGUAGGACGGGAAUUGGGUUAAUGUUGUUCUGAGCCAGAGAUGCCUGGUAUGGCGGAGACUCCAGGACUUUUUCCCAUGCCUUAAGGAAGUCCUCUGAGUUCUGGGCCGCUGUUGGGGCUUAUAGCAUUGAAUCAGGACAUUGUGUGUAUGUGUGUUUUGUUUCCCUUCAUCACCCCAUCUCUGGUAUCUCCUUCCCUAUUUGCUAGGAUUGUAAGCCGUUCUCCUC